GGACGGGCUAGGUGUCUGCUGCUCCGCGCCACUGCUGCUGGCGCCUGGUCCUCAUCCCCAGCAGCCCCCUCUGCAGCUAAGGGUUUACCACCGCAGCACCUCUCUUGGCUCGCCUGCCUCUUCGGCUCUGCGAUCUCGCGAGAGUGGCUGACUGGCUGUGGGGGUUGCGGCGGCAGCAGGCGGAGCCGGGGAGGGAAAGCAGCGGCGGCUGAGGCGACUGAGGCGGCGGGCGGAGCGGCAGGCGGCGGCGGAGCGCAGCAUCAUGGCGGACCGAGACAGCGGCAGCGAGCAGGGUGGUGCGGCGCUGGGCUCGGGCGGCUCCCUAGGGCACCCGGGCUCGGGCUCAGGCUCCGGCGGGGGCGGUGGUGGCGGCGGGGGCGGCGGCGGCAGUGGCGGCGGCGGCGGGGCCCCGGGGGGGCUGCAGCACGAGACGCAGGAGCUGGCCUCCAAGCGGGUGGACAUCCAGAACAAGCGUUUCUACCUGGACGUGAAGCAGAACGCUAAGGGCCGUUUCCUGAAGAUCGCUGAGGUGGGCGCUGGCGGCAACAAGAGCCGCCUUACCCUCUCCAUGUCUGUGGCCGUGGAGUUCCGCGACUACCUGGGCGACUUCAUCGAGCACUACGCGCAGCUGGGCCCCAGCCAGCCGCCCGACCUGGCCCAGGCACAGGACGAGCCACGCCGGGCGCUCAAGAGCGAGUUCCUGGUGCGCGAAAACCGCAAGUACUACAUGGAUCUCAAGGAGAACCAGCGCGGCCGCUUCCUGCGCAUCCGCCAGACAGUCAACCGGGGGCCCGGCCUGGGCUCCACGCAGGGCCAGACCAUUGCGCUGCCCGCACAGGGGCUCAUCGAGUUCCGUGACGCUCUGGCCAAGCUCAUCGACGACUAUGGAGUGGAGGAGGAGCCGGCCGAGCUGCCCGAGGGCACCUCCUUGACUGUGGACAACAAGCGCUUCUUCUUCGAUGUGGGUUCCAACAAGUACGGCGUGUUUAUGCGAGUCAGUGAGGUGAAGCCCACCUACCGCAACUCCAUCACCGUGCCCUACAAGGUGUGGGCCAAGUUCGGACACACCUUCUGCAAGUACUCCGAGGAGAUGAAGAAGAUUCAAGAGAAGCAGAGGGAGAAGCGGGCCGCCUGUGAGCAGCUCCACCAGCAGCAACAGCAGCAGCAAGAGGAGACCACCACUGCCACCCUGCUACUGCAGGUGAGGAAGAAGGGAAGAAGAUUGAUCAAACUGAAUGAAACACACACACACACACACACACACACACACACACACACACGCAUACACAUACGUGUACACACACACACACACACAGCCACACAGAGAAAAUAUACUGUAAAGAGAGAAAUAAAAAGUAAAAAAAAAAAAAAAAAAACAAACUCCAAGGGAGCACCACCCACAGAACCUCCACCGACUGACAGUUUCUCUUCUUGACUUGCCACCCAUCGCUGGAUGUUGUCCACUUUAUCCACCAUAUAAAACAGUAAGCAGCUGCUAAAAACAAAAAACAAAAAAAAUAUACAAAAGUAAUAACAUUAUAUGAACUGUGUUUCCUACUUGAUUAAAAAAUAUAAAGAACUGAGUGUUUAUUUCCCUAAUUAACCAAGAACUUUUGUACACGUUUAAGCUAUUAUUAUUAAAAGUGUUUGCAAAAUGGUCAAGAUUAUAAUAUUGCUGAAUUAUAUAAAAAGUCCUUUUCAUGUUGAGCUAACAUUUGACUUUAGCACAAAAAAAGAGAUAUUUUAGAACACGUAAAAUAAUAUUUUUAGUUUUUCUCAUUUUGUUACCAAAUUUCAAACCUUACAUGGAGGUUAUUAUAGUAUAUUUGACAUCCUAUAUACCUGUGAUUAGAGAUGUGUAUAUAUAUGAGGGCUAGGCAUGCUGUGUGUCUGAGCUUUGUCUAAAUGUUAUGCAGAAGUUUGUAGAGUUCAAGGUACGUAGGUUUAAUUCAUGCAAGGUAAACAAUAAGUGCUCUCUUUUAUACAAUAUGCAUUGCAUCUGGACCUUAAACAUAUAAAAUGGUCAGUGAAACUUCUGUGAACAUGAAGAAAUUAUUAAAAAAGGCAUUUAAAUGAAAUUUGCUAAGUUGUGAUUUUUAUGGUUGGAACCAAAGUUAUUCAAAUAGUAAAAGAAAAAGAGAAAGAAAAAGGAAAUUUCCCAUAAUAUUUUUCUGCAUCUGUUUGCUUUGACUGAGUAGGUGUUUUGUUAUUAUUGUGUAUAUGAGAUGUACUUGUAUUGUUCAUAAUAUAUAUUUUUUAUUAUGUGUAGAAAGAUUUUAAAAACCUAACUAACGUGCAGCAAUUUCCAGUGAACCUGUACUUGGAUAUCAGGUAGUGAGUCUAUUUGUGGUCACUAGCACUGUCUCCUAAACUUGUAAGAGGUCUGAAGCUAUCCUUUGAUUUUUGUCAGUGCUAUUAACUUAUGUAGACCUGUUUAAAAGCAAAGCAACAUCAUUCUAGUUAUCCUACUGAGCCAUGGAUUCUGAGUUUCAUUUCAAAAGUGAAAGCCAAGUUGGUGUAUGUAAAGGAUUUCCAUGUAGCUGUGGUGCUAGUUAUUACUGGCUACAUUAUAUGCUAAGUGUAUUUGUGUUCCCAAGUGUACAAGCCUUCUGUCAAAAGUAUGUUCUAUUAUCACUCAUAUUCAAAGUGUAGGGUAUGAAAAUGCAAGCUUAGGAGAGCACUUUACCCAGCUGGUGUCCUCCACUGAAAUUGUUUGUAACGAUAGUCUUUUACAGGUUUUCAUUUAAAGAUGUUUGUGUGCUUUUAAUUGACAACUAACUUCUUGCUGCUGUAUAGUAAAAUAUUAAUAUAUUUUUUAUCAUUAAACUGCUGCAUGACUAUCAUCUUUGAGUGAAGAGAAAAUGUUAUAAAAAAGAUGCCUUAAAUACAGUACAUUUUGGUUUGGAAUUCUGUAGAAAGUAUUUUGGUAAAAAAAGAAAAAAGAAAAAAAGAGGAUCUUGGAUCUUGUCUGACAGAGAGAGUUCUGGACAUGCAAUUGUUUCUUGGCAAAUCCAGCCAUCUAGAUCUACCUGCUGUAUGUAGAAGAAACCACCUGUAGGACUGGGAAGGGGUCAGUACCUCUCCCAUUGGAAAGCAUCGGCCUAGGAAGGCAGAACAGUUGUCUUUUUUGAAGGAUUUUUUUUUUCCUGCUGGCUCUUUAGGUUUUGAUUUGAUAUUUUUAAGCUUUCUGGUUGAGUGUGUUGUCUUUGUUUUUGAGAUCUACUGUAUGUGUUGAAUAGCAAGCUAUUUUCAUUGUACUGUGCAUUUUCCCAUUGUUUGCUUUUCAUAUUCAUACAAUGUUAAAUAUGAGGUGACCGUAAAAUAGUUAGGAGUUUCUUUACUUAAAAAAAAAUCACUGGAAAUUAUUAAAUUGCUUUCCCCUCCCCCCAAGGUGCAUUUUUUUUUUAUUAUUUUCAUAUAGUAAAGUUGAGCUUUUACAGUGCAUAAUGUGACAUUUGGAAUGCUUAUCAACUGCAUGUAAACAUUAAUAACCUGCACUUUUUGUCUUAAGGUUUGUUGAGCUGUUUUGUUCACUGUACUUUAACUGUGAUAUGGAAAAGAUUGCAUUCUCUGUGCUGUUUCUAAUUAGGAAAGAGAAUUGCUUUGAUUUUGUCUCUUGUUUACUAUAGCUUCUUAAAGUUAAGCCUUGUGCUACGAGUUGUUGGAGUACUCCUAGAUCAGUGUUUCGUAGUAGCCAGCAGUCAGUAGUGCAAGUCAACAAAAACACAGCAAACUUAGGCAAAGUGUCCUUUCUUUGAGAUGCAAGUUCUUUCGUAAGGUUUUCUUUAGGGUCAGCUACCUAAAGUGAAACCUUUCUUACCUGUAGACUUCAGAUUCUGCUUGGAAUCCUACCGGAUCAAGAAGCACAUGUAUUGUGCAGUUCUCUUUACACUAUUAACAGUUAAACACAAUCUUACUAGGACUUUGAAUCCAUUGUCUGAUUUAUGGUCAGUGGGUUUAAAAAGAAAUCCACAUGCAGAUCUUUUAAGACUUAAAAAGUGGUCAUAGAGAAGACUGAGUGACUGUAAAGAUGCUCUUUUUGUUUUAAAGCAUCUCAUUUUCUCUCCCAUUGACCUCCUGACCUCCCCUUCCCCUUCUCCUGUUUUAUCCUUCCCUUACAUUUCCCUCCCAGGUGCUCGGUACUUUACCAAGGUUCUAUAUUUCAGUGUAUUAUGUUAGAGUCUCUUCUUGUUUUUAUUUUACUAGUGGAUAGCCCCAGUUUGUGCUGAAAAGGGGGGGGGUAUAUUUGACCAUAUGUGUUACUCAUUGAAAACAGUAUGAUCAAAUGUGCCAAAAACAAGCAAACAGAACUUAAUUCAUGACAAGUAUGCCUUAUUUUUAUUGAUCUGCUUUGUCUUACAAUUAAGGUCCAAGAGCUUGGUUAAACUAUGUUAUUUGCCUAAGUAAAAAAGAAAACUUGAAAUGCAUUGAAAUAUUGAUUUUUUUUUUAAAUGAGAGACACUGUCAAGUAAUUUGAUUCAGAGAUCAGCCACCAGAUUUAGAGAGAGAGAGAGAGAGAGAGAGAGAGAGAGAGAGAGAGAGAGAUGGUUGUGGUGGUGGUAGUAGUGAUGGUAUUUGUGGCUUUUCCCCCCUUUAAAUUACCAAAUCUUAUUUUAAUGCUACCUUUUAUUUGUGCCUCCUAUUUAUCAUGCUGAUGUUAGACGCAGCAGUCAUCCAGCCACAGAGGGAGCUAAAGUUAACUAACCAGAACUGUAGAAAUCAUACAUGCCUUUGACAACAAAGGAAGUUCAUAGGAAAGCCACAUUGGCUGUUCCUCUACUAGACACACAUUGGAGGUAGAUGAAUAUUUGCCAAAUGAGGGAAAAAAAGACAAAGUAGUCAGGAAAGACAAACUGUUUUCCAGCUUCUUAAAGCCAUGGAAAGUAGAAACCAAAACCAAUGGGAAAUUUAAAAGACCUUGAAAGUCUUACUUUCUAGUCCCAUGCAGGGGUUAAAAUUUGACUCAAAAUGAGAAGUCUAUCAUUUAGAGAUGGAUAACUAGUCCAGUUUUGUUUUGUUUUGUUUUAGGGAAUGGAGAAAGCUGCUAGUGAUUUUAACCCCUGCUGAAAGGAGACAGAUAAUUUCAUUUGGGAGCAAAUACUUAAUUGCCUUGAGAAAUAGCACUGUAAUAGUUUAUGUUAAUUAGUCAUAGACUAACCUUUAUCCCUUUCAAGCUAUGCAAAUUAUUAAAUAGGUAUAAAUUAGAAUUGAAUUAAAGAGUUGAUUAUAUUGCAAUCAGAUGGCAUUCACAAACUUAACUGAAGCAUAUACAAAUAAAAUCUAUUAGUUUAAGAGUUUUUUUAAUGCUGACAUAAAAAAUAUAAUUUAGCUACCUGUUCUAAAAUGCUGAAUACUAUUAACAUUGUAUGAUAGGUCUGAAAGACUGCCUCCUUUUUUGAAGAGAGAGAUUAAGAAUUUUUAUAAUUGCUUUUCAUCAAAUUUUAAUAUUUUUGUCAAGUUUUUAGAUAUUUAAUUUGUAAAACAGUUUGCUUUGUACUGGCAUACAGAUAUUAGGGUAUAUUGAUUUUAAAUUUUUUGAAGCCAAGUGAUCAAGUACAUUUGUAAUAAAAGUCAAUGGAUCUCUA